AACCACAUGGAAAGAGGGGAGGAAGAGACCACUUGCUUUUGGAGCGCUUUUCUUUGAUCAGCUUCAUUUUGUGCAGAGCCUUUUCAGGGCUUUUGAAAGAGGCAGGGGCUGGCUUGUGCUGCAUAACUAGGAUGAGCUUUAUAUUCAGAAAGAUGAAAAGCUCUUUUCUAGCAAGGCAGAUAAAAUUUGCAACUAAGCUACAGUGGUGAAGAACUCCUUUUUCUAUACCUAGCACAGUAUGGAAAGCCAUCACCCCUUUCACAGAUUGCUGUCGGUCAUAGCUGUGAUGUGGACAAGCAAACGUGGAAGUUAAGAGCAAAUUAUGACAUCGACAUCUAAAGGAAUUUUCCGGUCAUUUUUUAUUAUCUUCAUUAUCCUUGGUUGUUUCAUGGCAUUUAUAUUAAUUUAUAUCAAACCAACAAAUAGCUGGAUUUCUGGUCCUAUAGAAUCAGCCAGUUCAGUGUUGAAAAUGAAGAACUUCUUUUCUUCCGAAACCAAUAAUCUCAAUGAAACUACUGUUUUGAUCUGGGUUUGGCCAUUUGGUCAGACAUUUGAUCUAACAUCCUGCCAAACGAUGUUCAACAUCCCCGGGUGCCAUCUGACUAUUGAUCGCUCGCUCUAUAACAGAUCCCACGCUGUCCUCAUCCAUCACAGGGACAUUAGCUGGGAUCUGGCUAACUUACCUCAGCAAGCCAGGCCACCAUUCCAGAAGUGGAUUUGGAUGAACUUGGAGUCUCCAACUCAUACUCCACAAAAGAGUGGCAUUGAACACCUUUUUAACCUGACCCUGACUUACCGGCGUGAUUCAGAUAUCCAGGUGCCUUAUGGCUUCAUGAUGGUUGGCACAGGUUCCUUCACGUUUGAAGUGCCAAGUAAGGAAAACUUGGUCUGUUGGGUUGUGAGUAACUGGAACCCUGAGCACGCUCGAGUCAAGUAUUACAAUGAGCUUAGCAAAUACAUUGAAAUCCACACCUACGGGCAAGCCUUCGGAGACUACAUCAAUGACAAAAACUUGAUUCCAACUAUCUCCACAUGCAAAUUCUACCUUUCCUUUGAAAAUUCAAUCCACAAAGAUUACAUUACUGAGAAACUCUACAAUGCUCUUCUGGCUGGAUCGGUACCAGUUGUACUGGGCCCUUCCAGAGAAAAUUAUGAGAAUUACAUUCCAGCAGACUCUUUCAUACAUGUGGAAGAUUUUCUCUCCCCCAGAGAGCUGGCAGAAUAUCUUCUGAUGCUUGACAAAAAUAACAAGAUGUAUCUUAGUUAUUUCAACUGGAAGAAGGAUUUUUCCGUGCAUCUUCCUAGGUUCUGGGAAUCACAUGCAUGUCUUGCUUGUGAUCACGUGAAAAGACACCAGGAAUACAAGUCCAUUGGAAAUUUAGAAAAAUGGUUUUGGAAUUAAUUUGUGGGGUGUGUUGGGGGGGGUGUGUGUGUAUUUUUUGAAGAAGCCAGAAAGGACUUCUGUCCAAGUGGAGAGGAAAGGAAAAGAGAAAAAAAAAGGAAGAAAAGAUAAUCUCACUUCAUGGUUUAUCAGUUAUUCUCUUUUGGCUAUCCUAUUUAUAUUUUGUAAGAGAUUUUAAAAGACCAUCAGCAGCAGUCAUCAGUACUCAGUUUCAAAUUAUAAUAGAGAUACUAAUUAUGUGCACUGAAGAGUUUUUGAUUGCUUAUUAUAAAUUUGAAACAAAAUUUUCCACAUUUUCUGUGAAACAUGUCCCAAUCUUACACUUGUAGUCAUUUUUAAUUUUUUUUUAUUUUUAACAUUAUUUUUGUUGUUUAACCUAUUUGGAAAAUGAGGAAACAAUUUUUAAAUGCCAGAGAAAAUUUUUAAAAUAUAAUUUGUUGUUCCAGACAGAAAUGUGUGUAGUACUUCAAAAGACGGUAAAGUUUCAUAUGUUCACCUUGCAUUUAAGAGCACAGUAGAGUACAAUACCUAACAUUAUGGAAGUGUGAUUAAUUGCCCUCUUUUUAAGGGUAAUGAACCUAGAACUAUAGUUUUAAAUGUAUUAGAAUAGUGGAUAGUCUUUGUUUCUAAAAAGGUUUCCUAACAAAUGGUCCCAUUAUGUUGCUUUAGGAAUAUUACCCUCUGAAGAAAAGAGAAGUCAGAUUUAGAAAAAAUGACCAAUCCUGGUGACCAAAACCCAGAUUCAUCCAAUUUUUGAGUGUCUUCAAAUGCAGCACACCCUUUGCCUUCAAUAUAUCUCAAGUUUUUUUUAUCUGAACCAGGGCUUUAAGUAGUAUUACACUGAGAUAAACAUUUUUUAAAAGGUGUUUGAUUACAUCAGCCUUAUGCACUGAAUUCAGCUGGUAAUAAUGGAUUUUUAGAAGCAGUUUGCUGAGAAAUUUUAGAAAGCUCUCUCAUAUAAUUUUUUGAAUAAUAAUGAAUUUUCCCCCAAUUCCGUAAAAAUCUGUUGAAUUUUAACUGUAGCUGGACAACUUGAUGUUAUGACACAUAAGUGUGGGGAAAAAUUACUAAGCAGUCAAUUUUCUGGGAGAAAUAUGCUGAAAUUCAGUAAAUAAGCUAUCGGGCUGCUAUAUAAUAUUUCAAUUUACCAAGCUAAUGAAUCUGGGGGUUUGAAAAUGUUUUGUAUGAGAGAUAUGAAAAAUGCACUCUUCAGAGCAACAACUGCUAUCAAUAUUUGAUAAUAUAAGCAGGUUUUUAAGAUUACAUUUGCUCUAAUAGCAAACACAAAAUUGUGGUGAUUGUCAUAACUGUUUAAAAUGUCUUCUUCAAACAUGUAUAAUUUGAUUUUACUACUUCUUUCUAUCAGCUAAGACAAAUUUCUGAUUGCCAUAUAUAUUCAUAUAUACAAGGUUGGUUUAAUGACAUAAAUGUAUGGGUAUAUUUUGGUAUCAAAUAAAAGCAAAUCAGCUUGGAUUUUCAGGUCAAAGUGCUGCAAAUCACACCUGCUACUGGAAAAAAAAAAAAAAGAAAAAAGUUAAACUAGAAAGACUUCUGCUUAAGGGAUUAUAAAAUGAUCAAGCAAAGUAAUCAAGUAACUGAGAUUAAAUUUGGAGACAAAAAAGUUGCUGCAGUAAGGAAGUGAGAGAUAAAUUAUAAAUAUUUAGCAAAAGACAGUGGGACUUAUUACAGGCUGGAAUAGAGACACAAAAGGCUAUAAGAGUAAUUAGUUAAAUUUAUAGAACUCAAAACCCUAUGGAAAAGCUAUAAAAUUACUUCUGCUCUGCCUAUGGUUUUAAAAGCUGUAUUCUGAUCCAGCUGGCUUUCAAUAUACUGUGAAUCACCUAAACUCACCAGCAUUCUAGUAUGCAGUAAGAUAAGCUUACCUUGAAAAUUAAUGCAAUACAGAGAAACUGAGUCUUCUAAAAACAAACUUCUGAUGUGCAUGUAAUAUGAGUAGUAUCUUAUAAUUUUACAGGCAAGUUGCUAUAGCUUAUAGUCUAUCCUACAGGACAUCAUGACAUUUUGUUUUAAGGAAGACUGUGAAAUUCUCAGUGACUGAACAUACACUGGUUUGGCUCAAUAACCUGAUUCCCUCAGUGCUGGAAUUUGGAAGUCCUUUGCAUUGACCUCAGUGAAAGGUGAAUGUGUACAACCAUUCCUCGCUUCAGAUUGUGAGAGCUGUUCUGUGUGUCAGAAGGCCUUAGGUGGAUUCAGACUGGUUUCUUGGCAGCAAGUUCAGCUAUAAAUCCUUAUAGUAAUAACAAGCAAGCAUAUAAAAGUUAUAUGAAGUGUUACUACAAAUAUUGGUCAGUGUAUACACAGGAAAGUUUUGAAAUACACACUGAAUUUUAAUCCUUUAAGUAAUGUCUUUACCUGUGUAAUCACAGGAUCCAGUCAGCAUGGCUAAUCUCAGACUGAAUUUUAAGAAAUGUAAAAGUCUUUUGAUGGAACAUGAAAGAGUGUUGCUCUCUUCACAAGAAGAGAAGCUCCACAAAAGUCUUGUGUACAUUUCAUUCAGGAAACAUUGCUAAAAUUGCUUCAAAGAUUAAUAAAACAGGAGAGAAAUCUAAUCCAUAAUUAUGCAUAAGAGUCAUUACCAAAUCCUAAAAAAUAUACGUGACCCUAGUGCCUCACUGGCAUUCUUGAAGUGUAAGUGCUGGAACAAAAUUGAGCCAAUUUUUAAUGAAGAUUUUAAGGUGAUCUGCAAGUAUCAGACCUUAAGCAGCUCUGGACAGAAAUAUCGUUGUUGACAGAAGAAGAAGCAUUUUUGGGCAUGUUCAGCCUAUGUAGUAAAUGAUGUGAAGCAAUGGAUACAAAAUGUCUGUGCUCCAUGCAAGCAUAAAGGCUGCCUACCUAGGCCUAGACGCUUAACUCACCAAAGGCUGCUUCCAGUCUGUCUCUGACAUUCAGCUUUGUGAGGUCUGUCUUCUUUUGUGAUCUACUCUACAUGAGCAGCAAGCGUAGACACUCAAAUAACAAAUCACUGUGAAAAAAAAUGAGCAAACUUAAGCAACUGUGGAAGGAACUAGAUAAAAUAGGUAUUGUGCUUUGGUACCACUGGCAAAAGAAAAUAAUUAUCCCAGAAAAGUGAACCAGAAGUUGGGAAAUCACACCAGUUCUUACUGUUUUCUCAAGAAAUUUCUUUCAGACAUUCCGUUUCUUUUGUUUGCUAGCCCACAACGAUCAUGAGUUGCACUCAUCCCAAGUUAACUAAGCAGUGAGAGAAGACAGAGGGGAAUCACCAUUCUUUGUUUUACAGUGGUUUACUUUGGAUGUUUUUAGGCUCUCUGUCAUGCACUGAGCUAUCAACAUUACAUUACAACAUUACAUUUUCAGAGUGGAAAAUAAGGCCCAAACCAGAUAAAAUACUAACUGCACAUGCACUGCUACCCCACUGAAUGUGAAGAGGUAUAAGACAAAACUGGCAGCAGAUCUUUCUAAAGCACUUUUCCUUUCAUUUCAUAGACAAUGUCCACAGCAGAUCUUGCUUCGUAUGAGAUCCCCAUUCCUUAGUGAAUCCUGUUGCCAGUUUCUUUGAAGGCCUCAUUCCAUAUGUCUAUACCACAGUGAGCAAGCAGCCUGAGUGAGGCCCACUGAAAGUGUGAGACAUCCAGCAACAUAUUUGUCUUUUAAGAAACAGAUCAAAUAAAAUGAAAGUUGGACUGAGAGAACAUAAAUGUGGAGCUUUGUAGAGUUCAUGCAGGCUGGGCAAGAUAUGGGAAAUUGACACCACUGAACACAAUAAAGAACUACUUGCUCUCUGGACACUCAUGGUUUUUUUUCUCAAAAUAAGCUUAAAAAAAACACACAUAAUUUUCUCCCAUCUCUAAACAAGCAGCUAAAUAACCAAUAACUGCUCCUUUUUAUUCAAGAAUGGAACUCCUGUUAGCCUUGUAUUAUCUUUUUAUUAGAUGCAGAAUAACAUUCAGGAGAAGAGAGAACUCUGUCCAUAAGAUAAUUCUAUUUCUUAUCUAGAUUCAAGGAUCUUUAUUCUUAUUUUCUUAUUUGAUUUAUAAGUCUUCAUGCAGCGACACUUUCUGGACAUGAUACAAAAAGACCUUAAGAGUAUGCGGAUUGCCAUGAGACUUAAGCAUGUGCUUAAUUUUAAGAGCAUCUUAAAUGAUUUAAUGCACUGGGGCUCCAGAGAUUAUGUUUUCAUUGCCUUUAGGAAUUGUGCCAAAGAGUGUGAUCUAUGGACAUCAGAGACCAACUUGUGCAGCCUCUUUUGCAUCAUGUCUGUAGUGAGUAAGGACUGGCUGAGUACUAAGGGAGUAGUCCACACUAACACCCUUGGAUUCAUUCUGGUUUGGUGUCUAACCAAUACAUCUUGGCCCAGCUCUUGUGCUCCUCCACCACCUCAGGCCAUCCCCUGAGCACAGCACCUCAGCUUACAGUCUGCCCGUGCUAUGCAGGGUCGCUGAACUUCUAUGUGACAGAAGAAGCCAGAGUGCCUGAGGAUGCUGAGAUAGUAUUUUGAGGCCUGUCUGAGGAUGAAAGCAUAAAACCUGGCCAUGUCCUAAAACCUGGACUUGCUGUGCCCUACAGAGGCAGUCUCAGCCAUACCUGCUUUUCCUCUGAGGAAAGAAUUUGGUUCAUUCUAGGUGAGACAGUAAGUAAUCACUGUGUGUGCAAAGUGGGAACAAGAGGUGUCUCUGUGUAGGCUGACAAGGAAGCUUCUGACCUAUUUAAACCUAGCAAUGAAAAUUUAACAAACACUCAAGUAUUUCCUUGGUCAAAUUUAGUAUGUCAUUGAGAACAGAGUCCAGAGGAAGUAUUUGUAUACCUACCUACCAGCUGGUGGGCUUUUUCAUUAAGUUUGGCUGACAGUUCUGUUUUAGCUUUUUUGUUUGUUUUUAAUAAAAGUGAUUUGAAAAUCUUAUAAAUCAAGCAAUAUGAUUCAUACAUAAUACUUAUUUCACCUUUAUCUUUUGCUUCUUGCUUAGGCAAAUCUACCAGAGUUGGCAGGUGAUUUGGGAGAUUCCUAUGCUAGUAACAAAGGAUUGAGCCAAGGGUAAAAUGGCUGGGUAGAAAAACCCUGGAUAUUAUUCGUGGAUAUUUCCCUUCUAAUAUUUUAAUAUCUAGUCAGUGCUA